UAACCACCGGGGAGAAGAUCUUUUCUCAUCUUAAUUUAUUUAAGACCUAUUCACCAACUUACUUCAUCCAGUUACAGGGAUUUCUGUUGGAAUACAAAGAUGUUCAGUUUGCGGAGACGAGCUUAAUGGGAGAUAUCCACAGUAUGGUGGAUAUAGAGGGAAACUUCAAGAUAAUUCAGUUCAUCCCUGGAACCAUUCUUCCCCUGGUGGUCACUCUUCUUACUUCUACUCAGAUUAUCGGAAAAUAUAAUAAAGUUUUCGAGGUUGUUGUGCAGAAAGAUCUAUCCCCCGGUUGUUGCUGGGAGGAGAUAUCUGUUAGUCAGGAGAUAACUGUUCAAGUUAAAGAACUCUGCCAAACAGCUAACUAUAAAUUCUGCGUGAAAGCUAAACUUGUCGCUGUCGGGGAGAAGAAGGUUGUCGGCGUUCCUUCUUUUCCAAGUGAAUUUGAAUCUCAACCUUCUCUCAGCACAUUGUCUUCCUUAUCCUCUGGACCCUGCCUACCCUCGUCCUCAGAUUUGUUUCUCCGAACUGCUCCAAGUCCUAAACCUAGGUCUGGUUCUCUGCUAGCUACCGGAGAUAAGAUCAGUAUACUUAAGGAGAACAAGGAGCAGGAGAAAAAUAUCAAGAACAAGGCGGACUCAGCGACUGCACCGAUCAACGACCUGGAGAAUAUAAAUACGGAGACGGGUUCGGAGAUCUUUGAGACGGAGGAAGGUUCUGCUCAGAAUGAUACUGAUAACAGGGUUGAGAAGGUUAAUGAUGCUACUGAGGAAACUUCUGCUGAAAAUAUUACUGACAGGAUUGAAAAGGUUGAUGAUGCUAGUAUGGAGCAGCAAAAAAUUGAGAAACCAAGACAUUCAGUCUCUAUAGACAAAGAUGUUUCCGAUAAAUCCAAGAAAAAGAUAAAGAUUGCGGAUGCCAAGGGUAAGAAAGCUGAUGAUACUUGUGCUAAACAGGAAACUGAGAAACAGAAACAUUUAGACCAGGAUGUUUUUGAUAAAUCCAAGAAGAAGAAAAAUAUUAAGAAACCUGCUGAUGAAAGCUCUGAAGAUGAAGAUGUUUCUGAUAAAUCCAUGAAGAAGAAAAAUAUUAAGAAGAAACCUGCAGAUGAAAGCUCUGAAGAUGAAGAUGUUUCUGACAAAUCCAUGAAGAAGAAAAAUAUUAAGAAGAAACCUGCAGAUGAAAGCUCUGAAGAUGAAGAUGUUUCUGACAAAUCCAAGAAGAAGAAAAAUAUUAAGAAGAAACCUGCAGAUGAAAGCUCUGAAGAUGAAGAUGUUUCUGACAAAUUGAAAAAAAAGAAGAUGAAUAUGAAGAAGAAGAAUUUUGAUGAUAGCUCUGAAGAUUCAGAUUCUGUAGGUGAUGAAGAUGAUUUAAAACCUGAAAUAAAGACGAGCUCCAGAUCCAAGGUUGAAAUAAAACCUGCUGCAGUUACUGCAAUAAAGAGAGGAGAACCCUCUAAACCUGCUUCUCCUGCUCCUCCUCCUCGAACCCCUGCGAGGUUUCAGCUCCCUGAAGGGUUUAUAGCCGUGCAGAAUGGUACCACACGUAAAAAAAAGUAUUUUUACCCGGACACAUCUGGUGUAAAGUUUACCAGCGUUAAAUCCUGUUGGGAGUAUUACGAUGCAGUGAUAAAACAAAACAUUUCUAAACAAGUAAAUGAUGCAGUUCUGGAAGUUACAAGCAGCGCUGGGAAAGGGAUGAAACCGGCACAGAAACCUGAGAUUUACACUAAAGCCGAGAAUACUUCCAAGAAGCGCAAACAUGGUGAAUCUGAGAACAGUCCAAGGAAAACAGAAAGUUUAGAAACUCCAGGGUUUAAAGCUAUGAAGUAUGGAGAGGAUGAGGAUGAACCUAGUGUGGAGGAAAGAGCCAAACGAAGGUUGGAUUUAUUAAAAUCAAAUAUCAAGGCACCGGUUGGUAAACGGCUACCCAAAGACUCGACUUCUGAAUCUGAAUCUGAGGAUUUACCAGGUCUGCUCACCAUUAGGAAACCUGUGUCCGGUAAGAAUUCAGCAGAACAUGUCCCUAAAGUAAGUUCUGAUAAGUCGAGUUCCCAUUCUGAACCGGAGCAAGCGCAACCCGUCUUUGCUUGGGUAACUAAAGACUCUAGUUCUGAAUCUGAAGAUAUUCCUCCACCUGCAAUUAAAACUGGUAAACAGAAGGAUGAUUCAAGUUCCGGGUUCGGUUCAGAUCAUUUGGAGGAUAAGAAUGAUGAUAAUGAAACCACUAAAUCUAUGAAACUUUCAGAUACCCUCCAAGUUGAGAAUGAUAUUAAUGAUUCUGAUUCAGAAUCAAGUUCUGAUAAUGAUCAAGAAACCCUUAAAUCUGGUCAAAUGAGCCCAAUCCAACCAGAAGUGAACGAGCCGAUUGAAUCAGGUUCUGAUGGUUCGAUUGAAGGUUCGAGUGAAAGUUCUGGUUCUGAAGAGAGUAGCUCUGAAGAAGACGAACCUAAGCCUGAAGUUGAUAAAGCUAAAUUUAAUUAUUCUCAAACCCCCAAGCUUGCCAAGAAAAUACUCCUUGAAAAGAUGAACAAUACUCUCUCCACCCUAAAUACUUCUGGAUCCAAGAAGAUCGGUAAAGAGCUAAGUCCUAAGUCUACCAAGAAGAUCGGUAAAGAGCUAAGUCCUAAGUCUACCAAGAAGAUCGGUAAAGAGCUAAGUCCUAAGUCUAUCAAGAAGAGUGUUGUACAGUUAAGUCCAAAGAAGAUUAUCAAACAGAAGAAAAUAUGUUUGGAAACCAAAUCCAGGUUUGAAUCUGAACCGUUGAGAACUCCGGAAACCUUUGCCUUGUCAUCCCCGAAUACUCUUCUCUCUUCAACCAUGAAACCGUCCAGUACAGUCCUACAGGAUACUAUCAGAGUUUCCCCUAUAGAGCCUCCUCUUAAGAAGAAGAAGAAGAAGAAAAGAGAAGACGGGUUUUAGUAAUGAUUUGACUUGAUCGGGCUAGAUUUGGCUAUAUUGGGAUAGAUUGGGCUAGAUUGGGCCAUUUUAAUCUAAAUCCUGAUCUAAAUUGAGAAACCGAUUGUUGCCGAUAUGAAAACUGACAAAUUCCAAUGAAAAUAUUGCAUGUUAAGAUUUUUAUAAGUUACGAGUCGUGGUUUUUCAUUUUUGUGCCUCAACUUUCUGUUUUCAAAGUUUUUGUAUUUGAAAAUAGAAUUUUUAUUGUACGUAUGCCUGCGUAACCGGUUUGAAUCGAAUUUAUGUAAAAUCAUUAAUUGCAUGAUUCUUGAUUCUUGUGAUCUAAAUUUUUUUUAUUGUUGAAGCAUUAUUUCAAUUAUAAUUUUUUUUCAGAA